AUGAAGACCGGGCCUCCGCACGUGACCAUGCUGGCGACGCCGGGGAUGGACCACCUGAUCCCGCUCGCGGAGCUGGCCAAGCGCCUCGCGUCGCGGCACGGCGCCACGGCGACGCUCAUCACGUUCGCGUCCACGGCGUCCGCCACCCAGCGCGCGCUCCUGGCGUCCCUGCCGCCCUCCGUCGCCUCGCGCCCGCUCCCGCCGGUGGACCUCUCCGACCUGCCCCGCGACGCCGACAUCGAGACGCUCAUGUCCGAGGAGUGCGCGCGCUCCCUGCCCGCGCUCACGCGCAUGCUCUCGGAGCUCAGGGAGACCGCUCGCCUCGUCGCGUUCGUCGCCGACCAGUUCGGGAUGGACGCGUUCGACGCCGCGCGCGACUCCGGCGUCAGGACGCGCUGCCUCUUCGUGCCCAUGAACCUGCACGUGCUCUCGCUCGUUCUCCGCCUCCCGGAUCUCGCGGCGUCCGUCUCCGGCGAGUUCCGGGACCUCGCGGAGCCAGACAGGUCCAACCCGUCGUACAUGGUGAUGGUGCACCUCGCCAAGCGCUACCGUGAGGCUGAUGCCAUCCUCGUCAACUCCUUCCACGCCGUCGAGCCUGAGGUUGCCCAGGUGCUCCGCCAGCCAGAGCCCGGCCGGCCGCCUGUGUACCCUAUCGGCCCGCUGAUACGGCAGUCCGGAGCGAUUCCACCAUCAUCUCCGCCGCGUGCGGCGUGCCAGGAGUGGCUCGACCGGCAGCCGGCCAGGUCGGUCAUCUUCGUCUCGUUCGGCUCCGCCGGCGCGUUGCCAAAGGAGCAGAUGCACCAGCUCGCGCUUGGUCUGGAGCUCAGCGGGCAGCGCUUCCUCUGGGUGGUGCGCAGCCCCAGCGACGAGGGCACGCUCUGCGACAACUAUUACAAUGCAGCAGAGAGCAACAAGGACCCCUUCGCCUACCUCCCGGAAGGAUUCCUGGAGAGGACAAAGGACGUCGGUCUCCUGGUGCAGUCGUGGGCACCGCAGACACAGGUGCUUGCCCACAUGGCCACCGGAGGCUUCCUGACGCACUGUGGGUGGAACUCCACGCUAGAGAGCCUGGUGCACGGCGUGCCGAUGCUGGCGUGGCCGUUGUUCGCCGAGCAGCGGCUAAACGCGGUGAUGCUGGCGUGGCCGUUGUUCCCCGAACUCUCUAACGACGCUACGACGUGCUCGGCCAUUGAUGCCACGAGCGUUCCAUACAAGUAG